UCACACGCCUAACCCUUCUACAUGCCAGCUAAAACUAUCAGCUCAGAAACCCCGGGUCCGAGCCCUACAGAGUUUCCAGACUCUCAGAUCAACUAUGACGAUGCUAUCGACUAUUGGACCUCCAUCCCCGCCACCGUGGACGGCGUUCUUGGGGGCUACGGCAACACCUCGGUGCCAAAGGCAGACGCCAUCGGCUCGUCCACAUUUCUCCGCAAGUUACGCACCAGAAUGACCCCUGCGGCGGGUCAAGUCAAGUACGGGGUGGACAUCGGCGCUGGUAUCGGCCGUGUCACCAGAGACAUGUUGCACAAACACUGCGAUAAGGUAGAUUUGGUUGAGCCAGUGGUGCCAUUUGUGCAGCAGAUGCUGAUAGAGUUAGCUCCAUUAUACACCGAGGGCAAGAUUGGGGAGAUCUUCCCGGUCGGGAUGCAACACUGGACGCCAGAAACUGGUAAAUAUUGGUUGAUUUGGUGCCAGUGGUGCGUGGGGCAUUUGCCUGACGAGGAAUUUUUAAAGUUCUUAGACAGAUGUAAGGCCGGGUUACAGCCAAACGGAACCAUCGUGGUCAAGGAGAACAACUCCCUGGGUGAAGAUGUGUUUGACGAGGAGGAUUCGUCUGUGACCAGAACCGAUGCCAAGUUUAGACAGUUAUUUGAGCAGGCGGGGUUGAAGUUGAUUGCCGUGGAGCAACAGAAGGGCUUGCCAAGAGAGUUGUUCCCGGUAAGAAUGUACGCCUUGAAGAUGGUGUAAUAUAGUAUGGUUUCGAUAUUCCCC